AUGAACCUCCACUUCGUCUUCUUCGUGCUCCUCAGCCUGGCCGUCGCCGCCCUCUGUCUCUUCGACAUCAUCCGCCAGACAGCCUCCGCACUCCGCCCGACGGCCAUCCAGCUCACCGCCAUCGCCCUCGGCUCCUGCUUCCUCGUCCUCGUCGUCUCCUUCUUCACCUCCCUCUCCCGCUACCUCACCGUCAAACAUGCCCUCGCACUCAUCCCCAAGCCAUACAUCCCCAUCUCCCAGCUCGACCUGCCCCGCCCAAUCGCCCAGACCAUCAACCAAGAGUACGCCCGCAUCGCCAUCAUCGCCCACCUAGCCAGCAAGCCCGACAACUCGCACCCCCACCAACGAGGCGGACUGGCCGGAUGGGGCAAACCCGGGACGAUCCACCAAGCCAAACGGUUUUCCGAUCAGAUCCUGAAAGACUUCGCCUCAAUCGAGCGUGCCCUCGAUGGCUUGUUACCCACCCAACCCAAGCCACCCAUUCCGACCCGCCAAUCCGCAACGCUCGACGGCCCCCUCACCCGAUAUCUCGACAUCCUCACCCCAUCCUCACCCACCCAACCCACACCCAUCCUCCUCACACCCCCUCAGAAACUCAUCCUCAACCGAUACGCACUCCUCAUCCAGAAAUCUCUGUCCCCAACCGCGAUCGUCUCCGAAGCCGACUACCAGGUCGCCUGCAAAUGCCUCGUGAUCCUCGUCGAUCAGAUCCAGCUCUCCCGCUCGCCUGAUUGGUCUAACCCGGAGGGAUUCGGUCCCAAAGGACAUCCGCUCUACCAGGGCAUCAGGUUCAAGGACGCGAUCAUCGAAACGGCGAUCAAACUAGAGAAAUCAUUAGCACAGAAGCUCAUGGCUCAAUCGACCAAACCGGGCAAGCCGAGCAGUCUCACGCCUCCCUCGACGAUGCAAACGAGCCGGCCGGGGAGCGGGAUGCGGACGACGGUGGCGGGAGGGGGAACGACGACGAGCGGGAAGGAGGCGAUCGAGAACCUGCUCAAGAAGAUCUUCCCACUCAUCUAUCCCCCCUUCCUCCCCAGCGCCUAUGGUCCGAUCAUCACCGGCUACGAAGCUCUCAUCAGGGAUAUCUCCUUCAUCCAUCCUCACUUGGAACGCUCGCUUGAGGAAUACGAAUACGCACUCAGGUGUAUCGGCUCACUCAUCUCGCACGUCCAUAAAACUUUGUAG